AUGGAUUUUGUCGGAAGCAUAAAAGUGACUGAUCCGUACGUUAUAUACAUGCGCCGCCAAGGCUGCAUGGCUGAUGAGGGUUUGCUUCAAGAGUGUGCAAGAUUUUAUUCUGAGCAUUUCGGGGUAUGGGCUCCCAAUGCAAAAGAUGUCACGCCAAAAACACCUAUAAAGUUACGAGUUAAUCAGUUAAAAGAGCGAUUUCUACUUCAAAAAGAAAACAGCUAUAUUGUUACUGCACACCGAAGUGAUGGCGAGUUGAUCGGGCAAUGUUUUGUUACGAGAUUUUGGUAUGAAAAAGGCGGAGGCUAUGUAUCAUGGAUUACACAUCUUGUCGUUCACAAAAACCAUCGUCAUUACGGAAUCGGAAAACGUCUUUGUCAUAUUGCACGUGAAAUAGACUGCAAAUUGUUUGCUGUUGGCUUGGUGUCAGCGAAUCCGUAUGCCGUGCGUACAAUGGAAAAAUCUUCUCCAUUCGUCAGUUGUGAUCCUGUAAAGAUUAGGAAGUAUGCAAGUGAUCUUAUUUCUGUGAGCGGAAUCCCGUAUUUUCAAAAUUGCAAGUUGCGUAUCGAUAAGAAUACAUCGAUUAUUCAUACUGAUUUUAUGAUUGACCACACUGAAAUCAAUGCCAUUUUGCGUGAAGAACCAGAUUGGGUUCUGGGCGCUUUGGCGGAUGGUGAUGAGUUUUUCGCGUUCACUUUCGGGGAAGAUAUGAACAAUGCUAGUAAAAAAUAA